GUGCAGGCGGAGGCGCACGCGGUGCUGCGGCCCGGUUUGAAGGCGCGGGGCGGGCGCGGGGCUGAGGCGCCGCGGGCUGAGGUGUCUGUAAUUACAGGAGAGCAAAGGCCAACUGAAGGUUUCUUAAAAUCAAUCUCUAACAAUGCACAAGAGUAUAAAUGCUGCCCUGGAAGUUAAAGAAAAUGAGAACAGAUACCCUGAAGAGAGGGAAGAGGCCUCUUUCCCUGAUCUGCCAAAAGAGCAGAAGAUUUGCAAAGUAAUUAAAUCAGAAAUCAUCAAGGCAUCCAAGAAAGAGAAUUUGAGUGAUGGGAACCAGGAGCAGUUGCAAAAAUGCAACCUGAAGCACACCAGAGUCCUGGGGAAGGAAUCACAGCCCAGCAAGGAGGAUGUUGAUAGCUGUCAGGUUUCUGAGUGCUUUUUUGAGAUGCUGAAAGGGGAUGUGGCUGGUGAACAUCCUUUGCCUUUGAACAACAAGGAAAAUGUUCCAAGAAGUAGACCUGUUUCCUUGGGGGAUGAAUGCUACUUGACACCUAAAAGGGACAAAGCAGAAGAAAAAUCUGAUUGUGGAAUAUCAGAGGAGCAGAGGAAAACACCUGUUGAUUUUGCAGCUGUAACAAUUGCUGAAUUUGGGAUUACUCAGGAAAGUUUUACUAAACGAUCUGGGAAGUCUCCAGCUUCACUGAAAUACAGACGAAGGUCAGCAAUUGGAGUUCGGGGCUCCCCAGAAAACAACACCCUUAUCAAGUACCUGGCCCAGCAGAGAAGCAACAGGCAAACAGAAGCUGUUAGGCUGCAGGUUAGUCCUUUUAGACAUGAAAAUGUCAGGUCGUUGAAGGAGAAGCUGGAUGCCUUUCAGACAUCUUUUAAAUCAGUACAAGAAGCUGAAGGGGACACUGGCUUCUCUGGGCUGUCACAGGUGGAUGAUGCUGCCCAGGAAGAAGCUCCUUGUUCUGACUGCAUCACAGAAGGUGAUGGAAGUGAUGAAGUAUCAGAUCCAAGCAGAGACCAAAUUAUUUUUGUGGAAGAGCUGAGCCUGGUGAUACCUGAUGAAAGGGAACCCCCUGUCACUCCACACACUGUAGCUCCCACCACCCCACUGCAGGCAGGAAACACUUCAUUAAAUGAACACACACCAAGUGGCCUCCACCUGCGGUCGGUGUUAAAGAAAACUCCAGUGAAGCAGCUAAUGGAAAAGGAAUACUCAAACGAUGCAGUUGAUGGAGAAAGUGAAUCUCUCACAGUGUCCAGUUGUGCAGCCAUCUCUGAAGCUCUGCAAACAGAAAAUACUGAAAGAUACAGCUCUGAAAAGCCAAAGAAGAAAAAAGUUACUUUUGGAGAAGUUCUGAGCCCAGAAAUAUUUGAUGAAACUUUGCCUGCAAACACUCCCUUGCGCAAAGGAGCGACUCCAGCCCGACAGCCAGGGCAGCAGAGCAACAGCCCUUCUGCAGGGGCAGCUCUCCCUGAAGAACCAUUACCCCAGCCAGACUUUGAUUGCAGUGAUGAAUGUGUUGAGCCUCUUCAAGAGUUAGUGGAAGACCCUGUUGCUGCAGAAGACCUCUUACCUGCUGCAAAUGCAGAAGCAGAAACUGACAAAUGUGAUGUGAUUAGAACUCGUUCUUCUACUAGAAGAAAGCAGAGUAGCACCAUUUCAGAGGGGACUGAUUGUACCAUCUCACAAGCCACAGAUCGUAGUGCUAAAGACACUAAAAAUCCCAGAAAGAGCAAGUUUCAACAACAGAAGAAUAUGAUCACAUCUGCUGCCAAAAGAACACAAAAAACAAAACAAACAAAGUUUGGGAAAAGAAGAAAGAAAAAAGUAAAAAAAUCUUUAUAUGGGGAAAGAGAGAUGGCUUCUAAGAAACCUCUUCUCAGCCCAAUCCCUGAAGUUCCAGAGUCUUUCUCUUUUGUCUCAUCUCCAAACUCACCAAACACAAUUUCACUUUUUUCAGAUAAUACCAGAUCUUGGAACACUCACAAGGAUGUUCAACAGAAUCCAGUGGUUGAAAGAAUGAGAGAGAAAACCAGCUGUGCAGUUCCUGUGUGUCCAAACUCUAUGGACCUGGACAUGGCAGAAGCCAGCAGCUCCAGUGACACAGAAUUCCAGGUGUCCCCUGGGGAUCUGAAGUCUGUUUCUGGCAUUGAUCAGGAGCUUUCAAACAUUGUGCCAGAUGCAAAUUGUGGUUUUGCUACAUCUGACUAUUUACAAGAAGGCAAGGAGACUGCAUGUGCAAAAGAAGCAAAUGGAGGUGGUUCCUUAAUAGACAAUGAGAAAUUACAGGGAAGUCCCCUAAAUAAGGCAGGGCAGCUAACUGGGCUCAAAUUGCUGGAGCAGCAGGACACUGAUGUACAUGAGGGUGCCCAAAGAACUCAGUCUCCACAGAAGGAUUUUAUCAGAGGUAGUCCACCAAGAAGAAGAAGAAAAAGAAGAAGUAGUUCCAUCUAUUUUCCUCCUGUUGAAAAAUUGGAAAUAACUGGAAACGAUCUUGCAGUUUGUUCUUAUAAUGUGGAGGAAAUCUUAUCCUGUCCUCAGCCCAAAAAGGACUCCUCAGAGCCUUGUAGAAGAAACAGUGAGAAUGGUGGUGAACACAGAGUGAGGCGCAGCAUGAGAUUACAUAGAGGUGCAGAAAUGGAAGGACUUGCAUGGAUUCAAGUACCCAGUGAGAUGCAAAGGAACCCUCCCCUGCCAGCUUCUGCUGGCAAAGUCAGGAGAACAAGAAGCACAUCCAUCCUGACAGAGAAUAUUCACUACAGGGGACAAAACCUCACCCAGUGUUCAGCACCAGGGAAGGAAAACACUGACUCUGCUCAGCUGGCUGAUGGUCCUUGCAAAAGAUGGAGGAGGAAAAGCUUGUGUGUGUCCACACUUCAAGAAACAAGAACUUGGUCUCAAGCCCGGAAAAAGAGCAUGCCAAAUACUGUAAAAGGAACCUCAGGAGUAACCAAAACCAUUAUGAAGAGGUAGAAAAAUCUCUUGAAAAGAUCUCAUUUAGUGAGGUUUUAGCUACCUCUGAUUUUUCUGAAGUGAAGGUCAGUAUUAGGUUCUUGUGUUCUCUCUCUUAAGUGUGGUUUUCUUCCCUCUCCCACUUACAUUUCCUUAUUUCCUCCCUUCUGUAUUAUUUCCUUAAUUUUAUGGAUAACUUAGAACUGAUUUUCCUUGUCUUGAUGCCUAAAAUGUUUGAAGAUCAGAACAGCUUGGAAGACCUAGCUGGGCUCAGAGCAUUGGACAGUCCUGGCAAGGUAAUCAAGAGGAUCAAGGGUUUUUUUUUUUCCAUAACGAACUGAAUUUGACAUCACCUCUUUCUUGUAGUUACAUCCUUGCUUACAUGUGUUCAUACUUCAGUGCUGUCUAUAGAGCAACAGCAAUUAAAUGCUGCUAGUACCAUAAAAAACUCAAAUGACCAACUUUCUCUGCAGCACCAAGUUCAUUCAUUUUGAGAAGGCAAAGAUGUCAGCUGGAAGGGUUGCUCAGGGGCUACUGUGUUUUGUUGCAAGGUGCAGCAGUGAGACAACACGCAUGUAAAUAAUCUCCAGGAAAGAUACCAAGUCACUGCAUGGACACAUGUCAGCAACAUGUGGCUUUUAGAUGCUCUAAGUAAAGAGGAAUAAAUUUCAUAGUUCUUAAAUAUGGUCCAUGGUGACAAGUUACUUUCUAGAUGACCGGGAGAGGUGAUAUAUAAUCCAUGUUUUGCUGAUAGAGCUCUUUCUUUGUUUUGAAAGAACAGGAUUCACACUUAAGAUUUGUUGUAUUUUUUAAGUUUGCUUGAAGUAGAUAAAAAGUGUGUUUGUCUGUAGUAGUUAAACCAUCUUCUCAGCCAGAAUUGCUCAGUGUUGGUGCUUCCCAUGUUGAUCAUUCCUUAUAAAUUGUUUUUGAAAUCUGCAUUAAUUUUCUUCCAGAUUUCAAAAAUAUGCUAAAAAAAAAAUAAAAUGAAGAAAGGAAAUAACUUCUGCCUUGAAGGGGAGGAGUAAGAGGUGGGGAAACUGCUGUCAUCUUCUGAAAAGACUGUUUUACCUUCUGGGUACGAGGAGGGGUAGAGUUCCUAUAAGUAAGACUAAAUUUUGUGUUAGAAAGAGUUAAUUAAUUCUGCUUCUCUGGUGUGAAGGUUGGUCAUUAAAAAAAAAAAGCUUCUAAAUAUUUAUUGUAUACAAUAUUGAUUCUAAAAAUUAAAUUGGCUAAUGAAAGCAAACCAUUCAUCAUACAAUAAAGCUGUUCUUCAUUUCUGGGCAUUUCCAGUCGUGGGUGUAUGUGCACUAGAUACAGUGCAUAAUGUUCAGGACUUGCCCUGUCAUCUUGCUGGUUUCAUUUUUCUAGUCUGAACAAUGUAAUAAAAAGUGAUGACUGUAGGUGGUCUACUUCAACAUUUGCUGUUGCUUUCAUUUUUCAUCCUGUUCUGUUUCAGCCCUAGUGAAGUGCCUGUGCCAGCUUCAAGGAAAUAGCUUUCUGUUGAACAUGCUCUCUUCUGUGACCUUGUUUUUAACAUUACUGAUGUGGAAUAAAAUACUUUAUGUACUUGGCUGCUUUCAUAAAGCUGAAAAGCAAACA